AUGACCAGGAAGAUCUUCACAAACACCAGGGAGCGGUGCAGGCAGCAGAAUGUCAACAGUGCCUUUGCCAAGUUGAGGAAGCUCAUCCCCACUCACCCUCCAGACAAAAAGCUGAGCAAAAAUGAAACACUUCGCCUGGCGAUGAGGUAUAUCAACUUCUUGGUCAAGGUCUUGCGAGAGCAAAGCCUGCAGCCAACGGCCGUGGCCGCUCAGGGAAACAUUCUGGGACUCUUCCACCAAGGACCCCACCUGCCAGACAGGACGCUUCUCAGUGACUACCAGGUUCCUUUACCUGGCCCAAGCCACCACAUUCCGUAG